CAGCAACAGCUUUGCGAUGCUUUCCGGGAAUGCUGCUGCCUGGGAGCUGAUGUUCCAGGCGGCCCGCGGUACGGGCCAUCAUCUCUCUCCUAGAUGGCAGUGCUGAGAGCAGGAUAGCUGCCGGUGUAGGCAAUAAAGUGCUGGGAGCCUGGAGUCCUGUGCAGCUGGAUUUUGGUAGAGUUGUGCGUGGAACGGAACAGCAUUCACGUGUGCCCUGAGCGCUAAUUUGCAAUUAAGACAAUUUUUUUCCUUCAAACUUUACAUACGGCUGUCUUGUUAUGCAAUUACGUUUUGGUGAGACUGGGAUUGUUGCGUUAUGUGAGAAAGGAAAAAACAAAUUUAGCAGGUUAAGCCUUUUGUAUUGCAGCGUUAUUUUCAAAGUUGUUGAGGUUCGGAUACAGCCCCGCUGGCUGCCACCUGAUUGGCAACGAUUUACAGCUGGUGGUCAGGGUCCGUGUUUGUGUUAGAGCAACAAAUCAGAUUCAGAAGAAAUGUGGCUGCAUUACCCUCGUUAUUUUCUUCGAAAAUGUUGCAUAGACUGAGGAAGCAAUUUUUUUAUUUGAUCACAAUGUUUUGUUAGUCAGUUUGAGAUGGUAACUUCCUUGUUGUAUAAAUUGUGCAGUUAAUCAAGUUCAAAUCUCAGACAGACCCAGAGCUCAUGUUGAUUUCAGCACAAGUUGUGUGGUGCAUGACAAGGGUGCUGAAUUUUACUGUGCAGGAUAGCUGAAGCAAAUUUUCUCACUGCUUCCUCUACUUCCAGUUUGUUCCUUUGGAGUAGCAGAAUGUAGUGAUUUUGCCAAUGUUCUCAUUGAUAGAUUUGAGUUAGUGUUGUAUAUUUGAAGCCAAGGAUAGUUCAGGGGCUCAGUAUGUGCCCAUUGAGAGAAAAAAUUUAGCCAGUUGACUUGAAUGUGGAUGAAAUGGACAUGAGGACUCUUACUCUACAUUUGCAUAUAAUGAGUCCAAACGUUCUCAGUAGGAUUCUAGUGCAUGAAGGACGUAAAUGAUAAUCCCAGAGGACCAUCUGUCCUGGAGCAGGCGUUGGAACCAAGUUACUAUGUGACUGAAAGGACUGAGUGCAAGUCAGAUGGUUGUUCCCGUCCAGCUGUUAUGGAGUCAGUGGAUGAAGCUGAAGGAGAGCUGAGCAGGAAGGAGCAGUCCCUGAAAGCCUCCCAGAAAACAACAGUGCUCGGUUGGCCUCCCCCGUGGAAUGGAUUAAUACCCGGACACAGCAUGUAUCUGUUUGUCCUCUCACAGAUACUGCUUCUCUGCAUGAUGCUGUGGUACAGCACUUACGGGACCAUCCCAGCAGCUCAGAAUGCCUUUGACCUGCUCGCUUACUUGCUUACCCCAUUUAAACAGGCUUUUUCAGGGGAGAGCCUGACUACAGUUGGGAGUGUUGUGGUGUCAUACAUCCUGCUGUCUUUGGCUUCUCUAGGACUGCUGUUUGUAGGAUCUCUGUUUUGGCACCUCCUCAGAGCCCCUCCAGACCCCCCGUUUCCACUGCAAGAGGACAGACGGCAGUCUGUGAGCCGGCAGCCUUCCUUCACGUACUCAGAGUGGACAGAGGAUAAAAAUGAAGAUGACUUCCUAGAUCUGGAUCCCGUACCAGAGACUCCAGUCUUUGACUGCGUCAUGGACAUUAAAGCGGAGACAGACCCAGCUACUCUGACGGUUAAAUCCGUGGGCUUGCAAGAAAGGAGAGGUUCAAAUGUUUCACUCACACUGGAUAUGUGCACCCCAGGCUGCUCUGAGCAAGGCUUUGGCUAUGUCAUGUCCCCACGGGAACAGUCAGCCCGGGAAUACCUCCAGACGGCCUCAAACAUCCUGACUGAAGAGGAGCUGCACAAGAAGGCACUGGAUCCUUUCAUACUGCAGGCAGAGUUCUUUGAAAUUCCAAUGAACUUUGUUGAUCCAAAGGAAUAUGAUAUUCCAGGCCUAGUGCGUAAGAAUCGCUACAAAACAAUUCUCCCAAAUCCUCACAGCAGAGUGUGCCUUACCUCAGCUGAUCAGGACGACCCCCUCAGCUCUUACAUCAAUGCUAACUACAUCAGGGGCUAUGGAGGAGAGGAAAAGGUAUAUAUUGCUACUCAGGGACCGAUAGUUAAUACUGUCACUGACUUCUGGAGAAUGGUGUGGCAGGAGCGUUCUCCCAUCAUUGUCAUGAUUACCAAUAUAGAAGAGAUGAAUGAGAAAUGCACAGAAUAUUGGCCAGAGGAACAGGUCACCUAUGAAGGAAUAGAAAUCACAGUUAACAGAGUCAUACAAGCAGACGAUUACCGUUUAAGGCUCAUCACCCUAAAGAAAGGAGAAGAAGUCAGAAACCUGAAACAUUACUGGUAUACGUCUUGGCCAGACCAGAAGACACCAGACCAGGCCCCUCCUCUGCUACAGCUAGUACUGGAAGUGGAAGAAGCCAUGCAGAGCGCAGAGGAGAAGAAUGCCCCAAUGAUUGUUCACUGCAGUGCAGGCAUCGGGAGGACUGGUUGCUUUAUUGCCACAAGUGUCUGCUGUAAACAGCUGAGGAACGAGGGCAUAGUUGACAUUUUGCGAACAGCCUGCCAGUUACGGUUAGACAGGGGAGGAAUGAUCCAGACUUGUGAACAGUAUCAAUUUGUGCAUCAUGUCAUGAGCUUGUACGGAAAGCAGCUUUCUAGAGCAGCAGAAGAAUAAGUGUUCAUGAUAUUCCUAAAGGCUAAAGCCAGGAGAACUUUUGACUGCGCUCAGAUAUAUUUCAGAUCUGAUAAGAGACACAUGGUAACCUGGCUGUCUUAGCUGGAAAGAUAUUAUUUUACUUUGAUAUUGCUUUUAUGCUCUUGUUUGCAUUGACAUUAAAGAGCUGAGGUACACCUUGUCUUAAACAUAUGUGACAGGACGUAAUCUUCACCAAAAAAGGCUUAUUUAUACUGUAAAUAAUUAUAGUAGCUUCAUUUGUUACAAAAGCAAGGAAAAAAACAGAAAAAAUCCACUGUCUUCAGUUUGUUCUUUUUUAAAAGGUCAUUGCUAAUAUAUCCAAAUACAGUGUGAAACUUUUUGAAUUGUCAUGCUGAAAUGUGCCGUAUGUUGACUAAGCUUGAAAGUAAAUUUUUGCCUCUUUCUGAUUGUUUUUACAUAUAAAAUUACCGAAUACUGUGUGUAUCGUAAACCUUCUGAGCCUCUGCAUUGAAAGACUCAAGUAGAUUUGCAUUGAAAUGAUGUUUCACACAUCAUGUUUGCUUGUUUAUUUUUUCUAAAGCAGUCCACUACCAGUGUUAUCUGAACUAGGGGGGAAACAAGAUUUCAAUGACAUGAGUCAAAUUCUUGCCUCGAAUUCUUACCAGCAGUGUACCCCAGUAUCAUCACAGUGGGGUCAAUCUCAGUAGACAUUAAUCUGAGCAUAUAUUCUUUGUGCUUUACCUUUUCUUUGUCAAUAUUUGGGCAUCUUAGUCAUCUGGCAAACAGAUUGUAUUUCUGCAAAUAGUUUCUAUUUUUAUGUAGAAGAGAAUUUCUCCUGAAAUCUGAGAUUCAAAAUCAGGUGAGGAAUUUUUUUAGUUCAUCUUUAUUAAAAAUCUAAUAAUAAAAUCACUUUUAUUCUAUGAGUUUAUACUUGUUUCAAAGUUUUGAGGGUAACCAUGUGUCCAGUGCCUAUUAAAAUUAAUGCAAAUCCUAAAGGCAGCUUAAAAAAAAAAAAUCAAUGUGAACUUGUUGGCUGCUUUGUGAGAAAUUUGCCCUCAAACCAAAUUUAGACAAUAAUUAGCCCAUUCUAACCACUGGUCCAGGCAACAGUGUUUCCUUUCCAAUAAUAAAGACUGCUGCCUGUGCUUUUUGGUUUAGACUUCAGUCAGGCUGGGAAGAUUGUAGUUUGUGUUCAAUACUUAGAGGUGAGCACACGUUUUAGUGCUUCACUGAGCAGAGAGAAAUGGAGGUACGCAGGAUCCUUAAUAUGAAAGAUGAGUGUUUUGUGAAUAGGAGCUCUGAUGACCUACUAAAAAUAUAUUUGCUUCUCUUUAUUUGUAACAAUAACCAAAACCCACUGUUUCGAUUAGUGCAGAAGAUUCUGAGAAUUUACUGCACUUCCUAAUCAGGAGAAGGUAAAGCAGCUCUCAGAACAAUAAGGGCUGAUCCUGCUCCCACUGAUGUUUUGCCAUUGACGUCAGCGGGUGCAGGGUAAGGCCUGAAAUGUUACGCCUACAACUUCAUCACUGUGGGGAAAAAGUUUCCCAAUAUUUCAGUACACAUCUUUGUGUUUAUUCUGUAUCCAUGAACCUGUAAAAAUCCUGUCUGCAGGGUUUGCAUGAAUGUGUGGCAAAACGUGUUAUCUUUAAACCACUUAAUUUUAUUGCUGUAUUUAAAAUAUUUCCUUCAGUGAGAAGCUAGCAGAAAGAACUGGCAUUCUUUUUUAAAAUACUGGUGAUAGUCUUUAAAGAGAGCAAUAAACUUAAGCUUUUGAGCAUAA